AUGAGUGCCCCCUCCAGAUCAUACGAUAUGAUCAUGAAAUUGCUUCUUGUAGGAGAUUCCGGUGUCGGAAAGUCGUGUUUGUUGUUGCGUUUUGUUGAGGAUAAGUUCAACCCAUCGUUUAUCACCACCAUCGGCAUUGACUUCAAAAUUAGAACUAUUGAAAGCAACGGAAAGAAAAUCAAGUUGCAGGUGUGGGACACUGCCGGUCAAGAGCGUUUCAGAACCAUCACCACUGCAUACUACCGUGGAGCCAUGGGCAUUGUUUUGAUUUACGAUGUCACUGACGCACGUACUUUUGAGAACGUCGAGACAUGGCACAAGACCGUUACCGAACACGCCAACGAAGACGCGCAAAUUUUCUUGGUCGGUAACAAGAGCGACGACGAGGAGAACAGACAGGUUACAUACGAGCAGGGUACGCAAAUGGCUGCUAAGUUGGGCGUUCCUUUCUUGGAGGCUUCUGCCAAGACCAACGCCAAUGUUGACCUGAUUUUCUACGAGUUGGCCUCGGUGAUCCAGGAAAACCAUGUGGAGACAGAGCCUAAGCUGGCCGGCGGCAUUGACGUGUCGCAGUCUGGCAAUUCGUUGAAGAGUUCUUGCUGUUAA